GCAUCUCUAGAAUGAACACGCGCCUCUAAAUGAACUCUUUUGAUAGGAGGCACUCAUAAAUGUUUAUUAUUUUGAUUUGAAGGCUGGGAGCGACGUGGUCUGAAUGAAAGGAUGGUGUUCAAGUGCCAGGAGGACAGCUUCCUGAAGCAGUUCAAAACAAAAAUAGUGAGCAGCGAGUUUGCCACUUUGGAUUGGACAAAUGGCAAGGGAGAAACGAAGAAUCUCAAAGGAUUCAAUGUGAUCUGUGAGGACACGAUAUUGUUCCCCGAGGGCGGCGGUCAGCCAUGUGAUUACGGUACCUUAGACGAGUGUCCGGUGAGGAAUGUGAUCCGGAAGGGCACCACGGCGGUGCACUUUGUGGAGGCGCCAAAGACAUUCGAAAUUGGAGCGGAGGUGGCGCAGGUCCUGGACUUUCCACGCCGGCUGGAUCACAUGCAGCAACAUUCCGGCCAGCAUCUGAUAACCGCUCUGUUCGACCGCGAGUUUAAAUACGACACCACAUCCUGGUCCCUGGGCUCCAGUGUCUCCUACAUACAACUGAGUACUCCGCAUCUUAUCAGUCGCGAAUCCUUGGACCUGAUUGAGACCCAGGCCAAUGACCUUAUCCGUGAGGGACGCGAAGUCAGUGUAGUCCUUGUUGAUCCCGAGGUGGCACAGGAGUUUCAGGACGCCAGGGCUCCCAGGGGCCUGCCCAAGGAUCACGAGGGUCUGGCCCGCGUGGUGAGGAUCGAGGGCAUCGAGAGCAACAUGUGCUGCGGCACUCACGUCAGCAAUCUCUCCCAGCUGCAGUGCAUCAAGCUGUUGUACGCCGAGAAGGUCAAAACCAACGUCCUGGUAUACUUUGUGGUGGGCGAGAGGGUCCUGCGCAAGCUGGGCGAGGUCUUCCAGCGGGAACAGCAGCUCACCCAGGCUCUCAAGGGAGGACCUAAUCAGCAUCUGGAAUUGGUGCAGAAACUCCAACAGAACGUCAAGGGCACUCGGAAAUCGUUCCAACUCCUGCUGAAGGACUUCGCCACCGCCGAGGCUGAGCGCCUGGAGCUGAUGCCCAAGAAGGAGCGUCCCAAACACUUCUCCAUCCAUCGUCGCGACGGCAUCGAAGUGGACUUCAUCAACACCUUCCUGCGCCUGGCUCCCGAGGGCAUCUUCUACUUCCUCACCGUUUCCGAGGGCGUCUCGGCCGGCAGCAGCGCCAAAGGACAUCUGGUUUUACGCGGUGAUCCGGAGCUAGUGGAGAAACUGGGCCCAGAGUUCAUGGAUCUGCUGGAGGGAAAGGGCAACGGCAAGGAGGGCAGCUUCCAGGGCAAGAUCAACAAUCUGGCCAGGCUGCAGGAGUGCCAGGAGCUGCUCGAGACGCAGUUUAGACCAAAGAAGAUCAUAACGGAAGUUCUGAGGCCGGUGGUGCCAUUGGAUGAAGAUGUCCUGGACGAGCAGGAGCAGGAAGUCCAAGAGCCAGCUGCUGCUUCUUAGGCGGAUCUAGGACUGUUUAUUCCUUUUGUAGUGGAUAUUUUUUGGAUGUUAUUUGGACAGAUUUUAUGCCUCGGCAGUAAUGUAGUCGUUGUAUGAUAUUAAAGUUGAUUUGGAAGAAUUUUAAAAGAGA